UUACUUGCUCAAAGAGUGCGAGGGGUGAACGGAGAGAGAAAAAGAGAGAUAAAUGAAGGGCAACAAUGGCGGUGAGAGCCAAGCAAACAGAGAGCAGCAGAAGAAGAAACCCCCCUUCACGCCAGCUAAAGAUGACACCAAGCCCCUCCUCCAAGACCCUAUUUUGAGAUCAGACCCAAUUGAGACUGAGGAAGCUGUGCUUCGAUUGCCUUCGUUUCCAGUUCCCCCACCAAAACCCACAUCCCAAUGAGUUUGAAUGCUCCUUCUUCUUCAUUAAAUUUGGUUUUUUUUUUUUUUUCCUGGAACAAUGAAUUUCAUUACUACUAUUUUCCCAUUUUAUGAGGAGUUAUUUUUUAUCUUCUUUUUUUCGAUGCCAAGUUGUGAAUUUUUAUUUAGAUGACUGUGCUCCAGAUUCUUCUAGAUUGGCGAGAGAGUUUGGUUUUGAAUUACCAUUGUCUAUAAGCUCUAGGCUUAAGGGUUUUGACUCUGAAUCACGCUUGCCAACAACAGCUCUUGGAUUGAUGCUGAUUAGCUGUAGAUGGGGGCUUAAAUGAGAAAACAAUGUUCUUGAAUCCAA